AUGUGCGCUCCAUCGGACGGUCUGCAGACACCGCCACUUUUAGCGACGAAAAAGUUAUUUUGUUCUUCCUCUUAAGAAUAUUUUUCACUAUGACCUUUUAAUACUUUUAUUCACACGGUUGUUAGCAACUAAAGCCUGAAAAACAAUAAUGGGAAGACAAUUUUUGAAGAAACUGAAAACAAUUUAAUGUCGUUUUUUCCCGAGUGCUUGCCAAGUUAUUUCAUUAAUAAGUUCAUGUUUUUUGUAGAUUUUCAGUCUUGGCUUCAUUCUUUUGAAAGUACACAUUCCCACAAUUUUAUCUAUCAAAAGGGCAAAAUAAAGUGGAAAAGUUUAAUUCGUGCAACAAAAUAAUGGGAAAACUUUCAAGGGAGCCUGUUGAUGACUCGCCAAGAAGUAUUUACCUUCCAAAUACAAUGGAGAAGCCAACAAAUUACAGAAAAAUGAAAGAACACAGUUCUUAAUGAAAAUCUAUGGGCGAUUUGGAUCUAGUAACUUUAUGUUACCUGUAAAAUGUCAAAGGCAUCAAUUAGGGCGAAGUUAAAGCAAUAUGACAUGAUAACAGAACCAACUUGGAAAAAAAGCACAGAACCAGUGAAUCAGAGUCAUGAAACGUUCUCGAUCUCAUUUUUUUCAAUUAAUAUGUAUUAUGAAAGGGAAAAACUUGAAGUAUAAUUUAAUUGAACUUAGGGAACUUCAGAAAACGGAAAAGUGUACAUUCUGUGUCUCCUCAUUUUCAAAAUCUUCCACGACGUCGUUCAUUUCUACCGGCGUCGUUACGUCGGUUCCCUUCCCUCCGUUGAGCUUGCUGGCCUCUCUGUCUUCUGGCAUCUGGCUGAGGAGCGCCGAAAUUGUGCUGAUGUGGACGGAAAAUUUGUCGAAAGCCGCGUUGGUCCGGUAA